UCGAGCUUGCCAGAUAUAGUGGUGACUUCAUAGUGCUGAGCUGGGGAGAGUGGCCAGUGCAUUACAUCAUUGCCUGGAAGGGAGUCAGAUGGGAAGGAUAUGACUCACCCGGGCUAGUUAAGCCUUGGCUCUUAUCCUUCAUGUACACACUGCUCUCAUGUUCUGUACAUCAGCAGGGAAUUCAAGCUCAGUGAUGUCCAUGAGGCCUGUUCCAGGAUCUCUAUCUUCCCUACUCCAUCUACAAAACAGACAAAGGCAGCCCAUGCCAGGGUCGAUGCCUGGCAACCUUCCAAAUUCCACCAUGCCUGGAUCUUCUGCAGUACUGAUGCCUAUGGACAGACAAUUAUCCAUGAGUUCUAAUAUCAUGGGAAUGCCUGGACCUCCUCAAGUUCACCAAAUGCACUCCGAGGCCAAAAUGAGACUUAAAGCAGCACUGAAUCAUCACCCGACCGCUUUGUCGAACGGAAACAUGAAUAUGAUGGGUCAAGUAAUGGAGAUGAUGACAUCUAGACAGGACCAGGCACCACAGCCACAUCAUCCCAUGCACUCGCACGCACACCAGCCUGCACCACAACACCCCUUCACACAUCAGCAUCAACCACAUCCACAUCAGCACCAUCCUCACCACCACCACCAGCAAAGCCAUUCCCAUUCCCAUCCCCAUCCAAGCCUACACGCACACAACCCACAGCACCACAACCUUCCACUUCAGUCUCUGCCCACGGGAGCACAAAAUCAGGUCUCACCUGGGUCACAGCAGAUACAGUCUCCUCAAUCAGGACACCCAAAUCCAAGUAGCGGGGGCCGCAGGAGAAGAGUGGUCGAUGAAGACCCCGAUGAAAGACGGAGGAAGUUUCUCGAAAGGAAUCGCGCAGCUGCAACCCGUUGCAGGCAGAAAAGGAAAGUGUGGGUGCUGUCACUGGAAAAGAAAGCAGAGGAACUUACGCAAACAAACAUGCAACUUCAGAAUGAGGUCUCCCUCCUGAAGAACGAAGUGGCACAGCUGAAACAACUGCUAUUGACGCAUAAAGACUGUCCAAUUACAAUGCAGAAAGAAUCACAAGGCUACUUGAGUCCUGAGAACAGUCCACCUGGAAGCCCUAUCCCCGUUUGCUCUCAACAACAAGUCAUCCAGCACAAUUCAAUUAGCACUUCAACUGCCACCAGUGAGGUUGUAGGCAGCUCCACCCUCACCCAGCUUGGGAAUCAGAGAACAGAUCGGAACCCUAUUCUCUAAGUGCUGCCUUCUAUCACGAGUGCAUUGGCAGGAAAUACAAAAAAAUGACACUUUGUCAGGACUUUUGAAAGAACAACAUAAUUCUGGAAUUAAAUACACUUUAGGGGAAAAAAAGACUUUUGCUAUUCAUUUUAAUAGUUAUCAAAAUGCUAUUUUUUUUUAACUUUAGUUAUGAAAAAGGGAAAUAUGCAAUUAAAAAUGCUGAUAGCUUGGGAUUGCAUUAAUGCUUUCUCAUAACUUGCUGGUACCAAUUUGAAGAUUCUGCUAAGAAUUUUUGAACUUUCUGAGUUUUAUUACCAUGUAUAUAGUCUCCACUUAUUAUCAGCAGCAAGAUCUAGGUAUCUAACCAAUCUGCAAAUUAACAACUGGACUAAGGAAUCUAACAGCAAUGCCAUCUCUGAAAAGAAGCCUCCAGUCUAAGCUAUAGAUACAGCCCAUAAUGCAGCUUCUCUUUCUUAAAAUUGUUCAUUUGCACUGAAAAUCAAAUGUUAUGAAUUGAUAUUGAGUAGAUAAUUGAGUCAUUAAUUGAGUCAGCAGAAUAUAUUGAAGAAUGCAUUUCAGUAUUAGAAAUAUGAUGUCACUUCGUCUUCCUUUUUUAGCAAUAUGAUCAAUUUAACAUAAGCUGUCAUUUUCAUGUCUGCACAUCUUAAGAAUCUGUUUUGCAUUCAUCACUUUCUUCAUUUACAGGAGCAAUUUUGCUAUCUACUGCAGCAUCAUCUCUAAGAUUGAUAAGAAUGAUCUACUGAGCUUAACCUUAUGCAGUUACAUCCCAUUGACAAUGCAAUAACAGUGGUCAUCAUUCAUGCAACAGUUCAAUUUGCGCAAAAACAGUUUACAUGAGUAAAGUCUCAUGUAUAAAAUUUUAAUAAACAUUGUGAUCAAAUCAGGAGGAAGUAUAGCCAUAGACACGAAGCAUAUUUGAUGUUUUUAUAAACUUAAGAACAGCGUAUGAAAUCAAUUGGUUAUAAUCCAUAUUAAGCCGUUGACAUCCCCAUUUACUUGAAGCAUCAAAUGGAAAGAGUAGUAAUGUUCCCAAAAAAUAUAUUGAUGAUUGGCACUAAAGGCAUGGCACUCAAGAUAUACAUGUUUGAAGGAUUUAUGCAUUGGAGCAUAUUCAGUGGAAAAAUAUGUAAAAGUUUAUAGAGUUAUGGUUAUACGACACAGACUGAGUUCCAUGCAUCCAUGGCAAUCAAAGUGACCUCCUCAGCUAGUCCCAAUUGCCUACAUUGGGGCCAUAUCCUUCUAAAUCUCACUGAAUGUAUCUUCAGUUAUUUCAUCUUUAGUUAUUAUUGAAAGGCUAUAAUUUGCUAUCAGAUGUGCCAACCUACUGGCUUUAAAUUUGCCAUAGCAACCUCAAUAAUAACAGAUUCUGCUAUUGAUUGACUGAACCACCUUGUAUCAUGGACCAACCAAGAGCAACACUAAAUUAAUAUAAAGCCUAAAUUGGAUACUUCUUACAGCGUGGUCCAUACGUAUAAAAAUAAAUGAGCAUGCUGCAAAACUGUGAAAUGACUGUUCCCGGGGAGAAGGCUGCCUAGAAAAUGAAAGCCCAUAGCACUGGGACAUUGGCUUAUCAUUUACCAAUUUUAAACUUACUGCUGGUGCCACAUCUGCCUGAGAAUGUCCAACUAUGGGGGUAUAUUUUAUCUUGGAGAGGGCAGAUGAAAAUGAUCAGUAGGGAAUGGAAUGGAAUACUUUAUUGUUACAUGUGACUAGGCACAGAGUUUCAUUGCUUGCAUACCCAAUGUACACAAAUAGCAGCCACCUAUGGUGCUGAGUGUAUUUACCUACCUCUACUUUACAGAAAGAGAAAUUUAAACUGGCCUGCUCCCUUUAAAUGCUGUAAUGCUGUCCAGUAUGUGUUUCACCAGGUAGCGUACUUAGGUGUGAGAAUUCUAGGGCAGUGGGAAGAAGAGGUGAAGUGUAACAAUUCUGAUAAACCACUCACCAGCUUACACAAAACGAGCCUCAUUCUUUUCUCUUUGAAACCUUGAAGGGAAUGCUGCACAUCACAAUAUGUGGGUGAUCUGGAGACUUCUCACUUCACCAUAAGUCUUCCCCUAGAUUGUUAACCUCAUUACCAUGUCAAUUCUGAAAUUCUGGCUAUUUGCAAUCAAGCUGCAAAUCUUUAUUUAAUUUUUCACCCAAACUUUCAAAUAUAAAUUGAGCGUUAUCCAGGGAUUGGAAUAAAACAUCCACCCCUUGGCAUUGAAAUUGGCAUUGAAAAGCAGACGACUUGCAUCAGCCUUCACUGCAAAUUUCCAGUCUUUUCCUAUGGGGAAGAGAAAAGCUUCACACAUGCACUGAGCUGGUAAUUUAAUACCAUCUGUCACGGAGUGAAUCAAGCUAAACCUAAAAGCAAACCCUUUGGGACUGGAAUAGGUCUAAGUGAUCCUGAUCCAGACGUAAUGCAAACUCUUUUGAGGAGAGGUUGGGAUUAUAGUGUAACCCUGGUUUUAAUGCAGUGAAAAUGCAUGAAGCUCUGAAACAUUGGAAGGCAACGUUGUAAUUCUGAUCAGAUUUUUGUUUGAAAGUACUGUUUUGAAAGAAUCUUGCAACAAAUCAAACUGGAAAUUGAUGCUUCAACUCAAAGACGAGAGUGUUCAUAAUUAAUCAAAUUUAGAUUUUUUCUCUGUGGAGAAAUAGUAUUGUUAAAUUGUCACAACCAAUAUCAUGCUGAAGUGAAUUACAUCCCGUAUAUGUGCUGGCAACAUCCUGUAUAUGUGCUAGAAUCAUUCAUUAUCCAGUGGGCAAAAAAUAAUUAACCUUCCAUAACAAUAGCUUAACUUGUUUUUAAAUUGUUUUUUUAUACAUACAUAAACACACAAUGAAACAACAGUUCUUAACACACUAGAAAGUUUAGCUUGACUGAUGCCUCACUUGAUAUCUUUAAAAUUAAAUCUCUCUAUGUACAAACCUCAAGUUUUUCAGACUGAAGAGAAAUUGACAGCAUUGACCACCAGCUUGUUGGAGGUACCUUUUAAAAGGGAGUGCCAAAUUACGUAGAAAGGGUUUCAUUGGAAAUAUACAUCAUUUUAUGACCACAGUGGUUGUAUUUGAUCUUUGUCUACAUACAUGUAAAUCUGAAACAUUUAACCAAAAGAUUGCUCUAUACCCAAGCAAUUUUUUUUUCUGAUAAGAAUGAAUGAAAUGAAUGAAGGUAAUUUGUGCUGUCAAUGUUUUCUUCUUCGGAACACUGAGCAACUCCGGCAGGAGCUCUAAGCAGCUCCAAUGUCAGAGGCAGUGGUAUACUGUAAGUUCCAGUCACCAAAGGAUGUGGAGUUCGUGGCACACUCAACAAAGACAUAUCUCAAUGUCCUUCAAAAUGUGUUACACCUGUAAUUUACAUUUUAAGUGAACUUGCACCCAUUUUUAGAAAUCUACCCUAGAUACCCAAAGUAUCCAAAAAAAAGUUGCAUGUACUUAAUGGGAUUUUAUAGUGUGUUUUACACCAUUUUACACCAAAGAAAAUAGGCCUAACACAUUUGUAAAUCAUAAGACAUGGGUAUAAAAUAAUGGCAAUCAUAUAUUUUCAAAGUUUUCAUGGUUCACUAUGAAUCAGACCUUGUCUUCCAAUAUUUUACUUUAGGGCCAAAUGCCCAUAGUUUUCCCAACUCAUUGGACAAUUACAGUUCAUCUAAGUUGGGGAACUCUCAAAUGAUAGCAAAGGAACAUCAGUCAUCAAUGUGUGAGUAAGCUUUUACUCGAUAUAAAACAAAUGUUUUUUUCAUAGUAAAUUUGAAACAGAAACACAAGAAAGAAAAGGAGUUAAGGACUUUGCACUAAAAAUAAUUACCCAUGAUGGUUAACCACCCUAAUAUUAUCAGAAAAAUCUCUGGAUGAUUAAAACACUAAACAUUAUAAAAGUACAGUCAGUACAAGUCUACAAUAUUGUAUAAAUGACUCCACUGGUUGUGACCUUUGCUAUUGAAUUAAUUUCAAUAUUGAUAACAUCUUGUCCUCACUAAAUAUCAAAGUUGCAUUAGUUAGAUUGGACCCAAAUACACUCGAUUCUUUGAAUUACAUUGCCAUCAAGCAUGGAACCAUUAUUCAUAAAAUAUAUAGGAGCAGAACUACAUUUUUGUGCUUUUACAAAGACUGCCUGAAGGGCUUGUGGGUUAAAAACCCCUCAAAGUGAAGCAGAGUCUAUGCAUGUUGAACAGCACUUUACAGAGUUAUUUUUUUCUCCUAGCUUAUUUUAUUGUAUUAUUUCUUAUAAUAACUAAGCAUGUUUGACAAUUUGUCUGAUACCUUCUUUAAUCUACAUUAGCUGUGGUCCAUAAUUCUUUAUGUUAUACGUGGCAAUUGUUCUUUAGAAUCUGUAACUGAUUUAAAUCUAAGGGGGAAAAGGGGCAUGCAUCCUUGGUGUUUAAUGGGACUCAAGGAAUCAAUUUGGGUAUUAAGCUAAGAGAAGGAUCAUAUUCUACUUAACUUUGGCAUGCAUUGUAAUUGUGCACUUUGUUUUUUUUCAUGUGCAAGUAUGAAAGUUGGACUCAUGAUUUAAUUUUGCCUUUCAAAGUUCUAUAAUUGACACAUUGGACUUUACCCGGGCUGUCAACCUACCCGAUGUUGGUUGCACUAAAGUACAGAAUCUAGAUUACACAGCAACAUGAAACUGUCUAAUGCACAUCCCCUUUACAAAAAUGUUGUUUACAUUAAUGAUUCCUGUUACAAUUAUCUUUUAGUCUGUUAUCGCAAUGACAAAUUAAAUCUGACACAUUGCUUCAUGCAUAACAUUCUAAUGCAGAAAGCCACAAGAUUGCUUCACUGAAAUUAUAGUUUUAAUAUUAAAAGGGAAGAUGGAACAGAAUUUGAAGGGAAUUCAUGCACUUUUGUUACUGACAAACGCUUUGUUUGAAAGUCAUUGUGAAAAUCAAGCACAGUCACAUCCUAUAAAUUCAAAAAGUAUGGAUAAACAUAUGGAUUUAUACAAAACAAAGUCAGCAUCAGAAACAAACUUUAAUCGUAUUGAUGCGGGGGGUUGCUUCAGUUAUAAAUUUGACUCCUUAGCAAUAUAGUGCAGGAUUGAGCAAAUCGAUUACUUAGCUAUCUGAAUUUAAAUAUACUCUAAAACCACAAAACCACAUUCUGCUUCAUAGAUGAGCUCUUGGCUAACAUGAAAUGAUUUUCUAUGGAUUUAUAUUCCACGCAAUUCUGUAUAAAAUCCCGAAACCUUGUAACUGGGCUUUGAUGAAUGUCCAGUGGUAAUGUUAUGUCCCAAAUAUUAAUUCAGACUAUGCCUAACAAUAAGAGUAGCUAUGCUUAGCUUGGAACUGUUGGGGAUCUUGGGAUGUUCAUUUUUUUGAUGAGUGAAUUCCAUAUUAGUUUUAUGAAAAGUAUUUUUCAUCAGUUUAUAAAAUAAUAAGCUACGAAUUGCAAUUGGUAGACUGUGUCAUUCACUCUCGAGGACCAAAUAAAUGUCAACGUUUAUUUAGAUUUUCCUAUAAGGUGCUAAGUUUCUAAUGUGGUCAACAUUCCAGGGAAAAGUUAAUGAAAUGUUUUUGCUUUAAUAAACUGAUACUUCUUGGAGAAACUAAUACAUGAUAUUCUUGUUAACGUUUGAGAGGAUUAUCGAUUUUAUUUUCAGAAGAAUAUGUGUAUUCUGUUCCAAAACUCAUUUCACUCCAAUUGCAAUGUUAGAAAAACAAAUGGCAUAUUUCUCCAGUUUCUACAAACUCAAAUAGAAACUUAAUAGGCUUUCUUAUUUUGGAAACUAUGUUAUCCAACAAGCACUGUGAAUAUAAUUAUGGUUUAUAAAGAUGUUUGAAUUAAAAAAGUUUUUUUUUCUUUGUGUUGAACAAUCAUAAUCAGCUUUCCAUAAUGCUUCCUUGGAAUGGUUAUAACUAGAAAGCUUGACAAAAAUGUUUUCAUUUUGAGAAAUGGAUGUACUUUCUUUGCCUAUGAAAAAUUAGAAAUGUUAUUAGGGGCAUAUGGGCACUUUAAGGAACACGGAUGUUUCAUUAAACGGAUUGUUUAUUGGGAGACUUUCCUAAAUCAUACCUACAAAUUCUUCCAUGUUGCCUUAAAGAGAAUUUGAUAAUUGUCAUCUCUGUUAAAAGGACAGAUUUUGAUGCCUAGUAGUAUGAGAGCAAUGUAGUUUUUAAUUCUUUAUUCUUGUUAAAUGGCUUUUAAAAAGCAGAAUCCAGAGAUGGACCACCCUACGGUUUCAGCUUAGCUCAUUGAGAUUAAUGUGUACUAGCAAUGUGGCAAAAGGGAAAUUAAUUAAAGUCUAUUUUCUCCAAAGCCAUGUCGAUGCACCUGAAUACACUAACAAUCACAAAAGUAACUGUGGCCACAUGCUUUGAGUCCAAGUGUGAAAUAAUGGUUAAUAGCUCAGCUCUUCGUUGAGACAGUGUUCUCUUCUUUUGACUCAUCUGGAAAAUAUUUUCCAAAUAUACAAAUGUAGAUCCAUGUGUUGCUGAAGCUGCUUCCACUUUGUUAAAAUUCCCUAUGCUGUUUGUUCAACAAUCUUGUGAAACCGCUUCAAACCCUGUAACAACUUCAUCGUUGCGGGCCAGCAGAUUGUAUCCUCUCUUUAUAAGCUUUGGUACUCAUUGAUAUCACGGUGUGGACAACAGUCAUCUUGUGUUCUUCUGGAGAUUUUGUUCACCACUUUCCUUGGUACAAGGAGUAAAUAUUUGGUACAUACUUGUAAAUACUUGUUUUUCAGCACUUAUGUGUUUUUUUUUGUUAUUGUAUUUUAAGCUUAAGCUUAAUGAGAAUAUUCAUUGUUGCAAGUGAAUAAUGAUAUUAAAUCUGUUGAAAUAUUUUACAUUUUUACAUUUCUUUCUUAUCCUAUUAAAAAGAUUUUGUAAAAAUAUUACAUUUCACUGCAAUAUAAUUAAUAAAGCACUAUGGCAAUGCAGAUAUUACAAUAAGUAACUACCUCAGAAUGAUUAUUUGUGCUUAAUAACAGUCCCAGUGAAGGAGAUCAACUAUUUAUUCUUAUUCAUACUCCCAUUACUUCUGUGGACCAUUCAUUUUAGGCACUUUUAUUUCUGUGCUUUAGAAAUGCCAGCAACAAUCUGAAAUACACCAUUGUUUCUGGUUAUGUGUUCUUCAGUUUAGAUAGCAGAGAGCAAUAUUUUAUUUCCUGUCAGAUUACUGUCCUGCAGCCCUCUCCUCUGAAGCCAGCUUCUGAUGGUUCAGAAUAUUGCACCCUGUAAUAAGGCCAUUCAACAGAGUGGCAUGACGGCCUCACAAGCAUUAGCUAUUGGAUCUACCGUCAUAAUGACACUGAUGGUCUUGUGGUCUUUGACAUGACCCAAAAUGCAGCAUGAUUUCUGAUUGGAAAGUGGGUUACUUACUCUGUCGGGACCAACCAAAUACAUUGACAUCCAAGUAAGUGGUGAUGAUGUAAUUUCUGAGAUGUUGGGACGUGGUGGGUGAGGACUAUCUGAUAUUGAUCA